CAGGGUGGUGCGCGCAGGGUGCGUCGCGAUCGUUCUCCGUGGCUAACUCCUCACCUUCCUAAUAGGAAGUCGUUGAAUCGAGUUGAAAACAUUUUUGUGAAAACAACAUCGAUAUUAGGUCAUCUGCAGUUCUAGGAUUUACUGAUUAAUUUAAGAAUGCUGUAGUGGGCCCACUGCAAUGUUGGCAGCACUGACUUUGAUAGCCUGCCUGGCCUUGCCCUCCUGUCAUGGCCGCACAGUCCAGGAAACCCCGCGCUACCACUGGCGGACAGACAUGUGGGGCUCAUGCUAUGUCGAGCGAGGGUGUGGCGAGGGUCAACGGGAAAGGAAGGUUUGGUGUCAAGACACUCAUCAGGGCCAGGCUGUCACCCUGUACCACUGCCGGCCCAGAGACGAGCCUUCUCGGACCAAGCCAUGCUUCGUGGCUUGCAGGCAUCAUAAAGAUCAUCUAGAGUGGCGGGUGGGAGACUGGGGACCUUGCCUCGCUGUGGACUCGGAGCUCAGUAAGAUGGGAGCCGGCUCCAUGGAGCGUAACGUAACCUGUGUCCUCACUUCUCACGAGGGAUUUCAGAAUUCUCUGCAGAUCGACGAGGAGAACUGCUUGGUUGUGUCCACACGCCCGGAGACUCAGCGCGACUGUACGCUCCCGACUCAGCAGGACUGUGUGCUGACGGAAUGGUCCGCUUGGACGGCUUGUUGUGAUGGCACUCAGCAUAGGACCAGGAGUGUACUCGUGGCCCCUCACUAUGGCGGGCAACCCUGCCCUCAGCUAAGCGAGUGGAGAUCCUGUGAGGUGGAGGACAACAGCAUAGAGGGCGGUGGAGGAGGCAGUGAGCCAGGGUGCGCGCCCCACACUGAAGGGGUACGACUGCGGGUAGAGAGGUGGGGAGAGUGCCGCCCGAGCCCUCAUGAGGUGUGGGACGGCGAGAACAGUGACCACACGGACAACUACUACAAGCACUGGCCCCAGGUGGGGACCCAGAGACGGGAGUUCACCUGCCUCAACGUCAACGGUACCACUCUGCCUCUCAGCUCAUGUACGAAGGAGAAGGGGGAGUCCUCGCUGCCUCCGAGAGAACGUGCCUGUAUCCUGGCCCAGGACUGCAGCGUCAGUGAGUGGACAGACUGGGCAGUGGUACAAGAGGGCUGUGUGGACGCCACCGGAAAUGUCUGGGCAGAAAUCACGGAGCGUCGCAGGGAGGUCCUGAGACUACAUGAAGGUCAAGGUCAGCCAUGUCCUCAUCUGAUAGAGACAAAAUCCACUACCUCCAACCUACCAUUGUGUUCCCACAAGUACAGAUGGUUGGCCUCCAAGUGGAGUGCUUGCACACUACCCAAUGUGAUGGCUGAAGUGGUGUGCGGCGGGGGUCUUCAGUUCCGUAACAUAACCUGUGUCGCGGCCCAGGGUGGCCAACCUCUCCCCACCAAAUCAUGCCACACCAUACCCCCACCACCAACCGUUCAGAGAUGUGAGGUGGCAUGUCCUCGGGACUGUGAAGUGGGCCCUUGGGGACCUUGGGGGCCAUGUCUACCCCUCCACUGUCCUCCGGCAGACGAAGCCAAUUUGUCUUCUAAAGGUCACCGCAAGCGGACUAGAGCUGUGGUGGUACCGCCCAGUGCACUAGGGUUGGAGUGUCCCUCACUGACAGAGGUGCAGCCCUGCCCACACCCAGCAUGCUACAGCUGGACUGUGGAGCCGUGGGGAGCUUGCCAACUAGAGCCUGGCACUGGCACCAAGUGUGGCACUGGGCGUCGGACACGACGUGUGGCUUGUACCACUCAUAGUGACGCCUCCGACUUCAAGGAGGUGGUGGCGGACUGGCUCUGUACACAGCUGAAGCCCCCUACAGAGGAACCUUGUCUGCUGCCCUGUCCGUACGACUGUGUAGUGUCUGGCUGGUCCAACUGGAGUCCUUGCUCUCAGUCCUGCUCCACACGUAACAAGAUGGCCAUGAGAUAUCGUAACCGCACCAUCAUUGCUCCUCAUGGCCCUGGAGGUCAUCCGUGCCCAGAUCCUGACGAGAUGCUGCAGAUGGAUGGCUGCAACAGUCAUGGUUGCCACGGUUACAGUUGGCUCACCCUGCCAUGGCAACCCUGCAAUGCCUCCUGUGACUCCGGCGAGGGUGUUCAGCUGCGUGAGGUCUGGUGUGUGCAGGACAACCAGGACAUGGUCAACGAGUCCAAGUGUGAACUGCUGACCAAGCCUGUGACGGCCCGCAGUUGUGUACAGGACUGUCCAGUGCAGUGCGAGGUCUCCCCGUGGUCUGAGUGGUCUCCUUGCCCACCUCUUAACUGUCAGCCAAAUGGAACAAGGGCAGCAGCCACAACCCAGUCCCGGUACCGGGUGGUGGUAGAGGGCUCAGACUGUGGACCCCUGGACGAGACCCGGGAGUGUUUCACCCCCAGUGAACCUUGCCCACGCCACACCUGGAGCACUGGGGACUGGUCUCAGUGUCAGCUGGCUCACGAUGUACGCUGCGGGCACGGCCUGCGCACCAGAGACUUGUGGUGCAGUGAGGAUGGCUCAGAGCGGAAAGUCGAGCUGCGGCUAUGCUUGGCCACACGGGCGACAUUGCCUGUCACUGUCCAGCGCUGUCAUGUCGACUGUCACGUGCCCUGUCAGCUGACAGAGUGGUCCUCAUGGACUCUGUGUAAACAACCAUGUUCAGGGGCUCGUUCUCGCACCAGGCAGCUAAUAGGUCUGUCGGAGGGUCAUGCCGUGUGCCAGGAGAUGCCCUUGGUGGAAACCAAGCCCUGUCCAUGUGAGAUGUAUGACUCUCGUCCCAUCUCCAACUGGUCCAGCUGCCUCACCAACGGCAGUCUAGGUUGUGGUCUUGGUACCCGCUACAGAGCCGUCGGCUGCUACAAUGACAAGGACCAGAUGGUAGAUCCCAGUUUGUGUGGAGGUGGCAGUGGUCUGCAGGAGGAGCCGUGUCUGGUGCCGUGUCCACUGGACUGUCAGCUGAGCGAGUGGACAGCCUGGCGCGAGUGUAAUGUGCGGUGUGGCCCCGGCCUACAGAACCGCACCAGGCAGGUAGUACAGCCAGGUAACGCAGGUGGGCGGCAGUGUGGACCACUCACCCAGUGGAAGCUGUGUCAGGUGCCGUGUGAGGUGUUCCAGUGGCAGGUGGGUGGCUGGAGUGAAUGUAUCCUCAUACCGGCGGACCGCAAGCAAGGAUGUGGCACCGGGGACCAGUACCGACAAGUGAGGUGUGUGGACACGCGAUCUGACUCACCAGUAGAUGACGAGUACUGUGACUGGACCACCCAACCUGUGGACAUCAACGCCUGUCACGUGGCCUGCCCUGGUGACUGUGUGCUCAGUGCCUGGUCCGAGUGGAGUAGUUGUCCAAAGGGCUGCAUUGGAAACGGACAACAACAGCGGACUCGGUCCCUUCUGCGAGCAGCAGCGACAAGAGGUGCCACCUGUCAGCACACAAUACAGACGCAGGCUUGCCAACUGAACAUCACCUGCUUCACGUACCAUUGGGUGGUAACCAACUUUAGCUCAUGCUUACCGUUGGGUGGCAGUCCUUGUGGGGAGGGCAUGACUACCCGAGCUAUUUACUGCCAGCGGAGUGACUCCAGACCUGUGGAAGACAGUUGGUGCAGUGAAGAGACUAAGCCAACACCAGCAGAGAAAUGGUGCUAUGUUGACUGUCCGGUGGACUGUCAUGUGGCAGAGUGGAGUGAGUGGAAUGCCACGCAAUGCCACUGUGGAGAAACAGGUGUUAGCAGACAUGCCUUCAUAUCAACCAACCCCAGCUCAUCCGGUCGCCCUUGCCCCUCACCACUGGUUCAGUGGAAGCCCUGUCCAGCUGUGCCAUGUUACACGUGGCAGACCGGGGCUUGGUCUGACUGCCAGCUACAUGGAGCCAUGUGCGGCCACGGAGUGAGGAACCGCAAUGUCACCUGUGUGCGAGGCGGAGACAACACAACAGUAGAAGCAUGGCACUGCUCAGGCUCAGCCAACCGCAAGCCAGUGUCAUGGGAGACAUGUCACAUCGCGUGUGACAGCGACUGUCAGCUCUCCGAGUGGUCUCACUGGUCACAUUGUCAUGGAGACUGUCUAAAGGAUACAACAGGCUAUGCCACACGAUCACGGGCAGUGUUAAGGCCACCACAAUCUAAUGGAGGCGAACCCUGCCCUGAGGCCCUGUGGGAAACCAGAACCUGUGACCUCGGCCCUUGUCUCACCUUUGCUUGGACCAUAGCACCAAACGGACAGAUUGUGUGUCAACGAUCAGACGGCCUCCAUGUUGUUGGAGGGUGUGACGGUAAACGUAAACCAACCUUGUGCGAGUGGAAGGGAGGUCGCUGCAACUGCAUAGAUGGUGCUGUCGUCCAACCUCAGUUUGCUUGUCUUGAACAGGCUCAGGUCCAAGCAAGACUCUACUAUCCAAAAGACGAUGACCUGAAUGUGUGGAUGUUUGCAAUGAUCGGUAUCGGCUGUGUGUUCAUCGUGUUCGUGGCUGCCUCUAUCUUCCUGCUCUGGUCAGUAUACUCUAGUGCUCAUCCCUGCAAGGAGAGUGCAGACGAGUGCCACCUCCUCGGCAUCAACGACGGAAAAGCUAAUCCUAAUGAUGAUGAUGACAGUUAAACCCGUCCUAAACUGUACUCCUAAACUGGUAGAAACUACUUGUUGUUAGAUGGUGGCACCCAUGUUAAAAAUGCUGAAUUGUAUAUUAUUAAGUUUGGGGUUGUGAUCAAAAGGUAGGCGUUUUACAUAGUCUUGACCGUAAUCGUUAACAAAUUACCUCCCAUUCAAAAUACGGCAUUUCCUUGGUUGUAAAAGUAACAAGAGUGCCACUAUCUAAGAAUUGACACAGGUCCUCUCUACUGGAAAGCACUACUCUUUUGUGCUGGAUGACAAAUUUUUAUACAUAUCUCUUUUUACAGUAAACUCACCUAUCACAAAUGUUUAUUUUACUUUACUGGAGGCUAGCUGCGGGGAGAAUGCUGUUCGAGUUUAAAAAAAACUGUAGAGAUAUUUACUUUUGCUUUCCAGAUAAUUUUAUUGAUGUGAUUUCUUAGCAUAGUUUUUAAUUAGUGUGUAAAACAUUUGGUAAAAUGAAGUUUUAAUAAUUUUGCAGUAUUAUCAAUCUAAUAAUUAGUAUGCAUUCAGGGUUUUGUUUAUUUAUUCUUCUAAUGUAUCUUUAUUAUGAUUAAAGGAAACAUUAAAUACUUUUACAGGUAUAAUAUACAUUUAUAUCCUUAACAAGUGAAAUUUGCCAUUCAAUUUUACUUACAUUAUUGUCUGCUGUAAACUUAUUUAUCAUCAUUUGCCUUUGGCCAUUCAUCCGUAGAUUAGACUAACUCACAUUUCACCGCUUCAGCUGUCAUUCUCACUAUCUGUGUUGUUUUUCUGAUGCCAAACUAACGAAUCUAAUGUAAUAUUUUCAGUAAUACCGGAAGACAGUCAAACGUUCGGGCAAAGUAACAGUUGGCAGGCUACAGCCCCAGGAGGCUAACCACCACCAGCGGCUAACCUAGAGAGGUGGUUUAUAAAUUUUAGCAAAAUCAUUUGGUGCAGCUGAAUUUUGUUGAAGGUCUGACCUUUACAGUCAGUGAAACAGGCCCUUCACCUUUCAUUGGAAACAAAUACUGCUAUUAGUUCAGUGUGAAGCUGGUGUAGGUUUAUUUUACAAUUAACAUUUAUCAUGGAUAUAUUUUUAAAAACAUUCAUUAGAUAAAUGCGAUUGUUCCAAUAGUUUCAAUUAUAGCAGUCAAACUUUAUCCCUAGAUAAAUACAAUAUUUUAUUAUAAGGGUUGCAACUAACAAAAUUGGUAUUGUAAUUCAUAUACGCUUGCUAUAGUAAGACAAACAACAAAAGAAAAAACAUAAAAAAAUCAUCCACUCUCUUUCUUUCCUAUCUCUUUUUUUAAGUCAUGAUAACAAAUAUUUUUUGUGCUGACAGCCAGUCUCCCACUUCGCAGGCCUGCAGCUUACAUAUAUCAACUCAGUUGCGGCUCAUCCAUAAGGGCUUUGGGGUAGAGCCCCUCUCCUCCCAGUAAAAACCAAAAAAAAUAAUAUUUAUGUAAUAAUCCAACUAUGUAAAAUGGAAAAGUGCCUAUUUUGUCUACCAUCAAAAUGUCAUUAGCAAAAUAUUUGAAGCCAGCGCUUCCAUCACAGUAUUCAAGGACGCUGUCAGAGCAAAAUAGCAAAAGCUAUUGGCCAAAGAUGGUGAGGCAUAUAUAUGCUUUUGAAUAGGAGCUUUUGGGCAGAGCCCUCACUGCACUACUGCUGCUAUCUAUUGGGUGGUGAAUGCAACUACGUGACACAUAAUUCAUGAUAAUGCGAUGACAUCAAUCUUUUAUAUGAUUCCUAUCUUCUGCUAUAAGUAUAAUUAAUAAAGGCAUAACCAUUUAUGUUUAUUUACCAAUGCCAAUUUUAGAGUAUAAAGAAUAAUACGUGUAAUAAUGUGUUUUGAAUAGCCCUCGUAUAGCUAAGUAGGGUAAUAAUAUAACAGAACAAAGUAUUUAUUUUUAAGCUAUCUUAUCAAAAUAAUAUAUUCCAUCCUACAAUAUUUAAAACGUAUUUACUAUACAAAACAUUCGUUUGAAUUAAAUAGUUAAUAAUAGUUUGGCGCUGGAACAAGAAUUCUUAACAAAUGCAGUAGGCUAUGCUUAAAAAUAAUGAACUUUAUAUCGUGCUGAAACCAUAAAUGAGCCAAGAUAUCAUAAUGUUCAUACGUUAAACUUAUUUAGUGACAUAACAACAUCAAAUUUAAUGUUUAUUAUAGCUAAAUGUCUUAAAAAUCACUUUUAAUUACUCACUACUAAAAAAACUCUCUCACUGUUUGUUAGGCCACUAACGGGUGUAGUGCCCAUGUGAGGAGCCCCUCUGGUGUUCAUGCCUCUGAACCGCCACUGUGAUAACUAGUGUUUCAUUUACAACUACUAGGUCAGUCAAACAUUGAUUAAAAUAUUUAAUUUUCCCUUGCAGAGUACAUGGGUAUAGUUCUUUGAAUAAAGCAAUCUAGCAAACUGGCAUUACAACUAACUUUAGUUCUAAUUCGUACUUCUACCCACCACUCCAUGCACAACAAAGUUCAAUUUCCCCUGGGUAUUGUUCCAUUAUAGCAGAGCGUAUUCAAUUAUCUUGAUUCCUUUUAUAAUUGGGUAGACAAAAAUACAUCUAAAUUUGAAUUAUUUUAGAAACUGAUUGUUUAAUUGUCUUUAAUUUAUGUUAAGUGAAAUAAUUCGUAAGAAACUCAAGAUCUGUUAAAUUAUUAUAAUAUAUGUUUAGGUGAAUGGCCUGUGGCAAAGAAAAUAAGUUUAACAAACAAUUAAUAGCAGAUUUUGCUAAAUUUGACUGAUUGGCUCUAUUGGUCUUCAAACAUUGUUCUCCAAGUGGGUAUUGAAAAUAGUUUAAACAAAACCAAAUUACUGAUGGUUAAUUGCCUGUUUUACAGCAGAAAGUGUUAAAUUGCUCAAUUGUAGGUUUAUAUGCUUAACCAUGAACAGUAUUUAAAUGAAUUCAGAUUUCACAAAUUUUAGAUUGAUAAAUUUGUAGUAAAAGGGAAUUCACUGAACACAGACGUCUCCUUUUGAAUGGCAUAUUUCAUUUCUUCACCAAAAGUAGUAUGACGUAUUGAAAGCUUAUAAAGUAUUAUAACUUAUUUGUAUAUUAUUAUAAAUGACUUUACUUAUAAUAAUUUAAUUCAAGGUAAUAGUUUUGUCUGUUAUUACAGUAUAUUUUACACCCAGGAUAUUACUGUUAUAUUUUACUGCCAGUAUAUAAUUAGAUGAAAUAACUGGUUUUGGAUUUAUACAGAUUCACUGUACAUUGUGAUGUUCACUGAUUUCCCUUCUUAGGUAGAAUUCGAACAAGCCUGUACGAUAGAGUAACAUGAUCUGGGCUGCAGCGUUCAGAAUCCGAGCCACUUCUAACACACAGUUGUUCCUUGUUGAGAUCAAAAAUUAUGAAAGUUUCAAUCCUUUUGCAGAUUUUCACACCACAUACGAAUUGCUUGGUUAAACAUUGAUGAUUUUGAGAGCAGCAUCGUAAAUUAUUUUACAGGUUUCAGAUGCAAUGUGAGAGCCAUACUUUUGAUAUGAUAAGUUGAUUCAGAAAUAGAUUACAAUAGUACACAACACCACAUCAUGAUUGAAUUAAUUGGUUGUUUAUUGAUACAGUUAUUAAUUAGGUUUAAACACCAAUCAGUAACCAAAAAACUGUUGCCAAUGGAGCGAGUCACUGUAAAAAUUAAACUCAGAACAUUGUUACUGUUGAGAUCAAUUGUUGUUUCAAGAGAUCAGUGAUAACAUUCCUUUAGAAUAAUAAGAAACUACACGAUUUAUAAACAUAAACAUGAAUAUUUGGGGGUUUUUAACAUAAAAUUUACUGUAACAAUUGAAAAAUUACAGUACUGUGUAUUUAUUAACUUUUACAGUUUUAAUAUUUGGUUUUUCUGUCAUUAGAGUUACAUUUAACAUCAAUAUACUACUGAACUAGGAGUGUAAGAGUAAAUAUUUAGUUUAAAACGCUUCUUUUCUUCUUUGUUUUCGUUUAAAUAAUGAGUUUAAUUUUGCUAUUGAAGUGUUUUUAUAGAAUUUAUUACUCAUAGAAACAAUGUUUUAAAAUCUGCUACCAUAUGCUUUACACUUAUUUCAACAACUGCCUGUUUUAAAGGCACCAUUCCGUUUUUGUAACCUAAAAAUAAUUUUUAAAUGUUAAUAAAUAUACAUUUUGCUUGAAGGCAAAAACAAAAUCACUGUUUUCUAAUCUAGCGGAAAAAUUUCAACUCAUUUCAUUAAUUUGAGAAAUGUCUUCGCUUACAACUUCUUUCAAUUAACUUGCCUAUUGCCUCAGUAUGAACGUGAGUGCAAGAAGGGAUUUUUACAGUUUAUAACAAAUAUUACUGUGAAGUGAUGAGGACCAUUGGCACAGUUUAACAGUCUCCCCGUGUUGAACCCCCCACUGUCACCCCCCCCCAGACAUGUCACCAUCCUACUCUAUGUGUAACUGUAACACUGACCACCCCUCCCCUUUUGCUGUGUUAAUGUUGUAUAAAGUGUCAAAUACAGUAUUUACAGCUCCACUACUGCAUAUCCAUUAUUUCUUUAUUACACGGAUAUAGUUUUAAUUCCAUCAUCUCCUCUAUGUGUGAUUAUUAGUGAUAUCUAUGUUUUAUACAAUAUUAGACAUUUUAUAUGUAUCAUAGAUAUGUUUUUGUACUAAAAUGUUUUAUGAAAACUGUAACAUAAGAUGAUGUAAAGCACGGACUUAAGCAACAAACAAAUCAGUAGCAGCGUAGACAAAUUUGUAAAAUAGUUUAGCUGAUCGAAUUUUGUCUUUAUUUUCGAAUCUGAUAGUACAAUAAAGCACAAAUCUAUUUUUGAAGUCUUUUGUGAAGGUAGAUUCUUUGGAUUUACCCUUUAGUUUUGGAAUGAUUUUGUAAUUUUUCUCUCUUUUGACCUGUGCGUUUGUUGUUUAAGAACCUGGAGGAGAUUCGAAUUUCUUGCGACGUCCUAGAGUAGUGGAUUUACCUUGUACAAAUCAAUUUCAUCUUUGUAAUACUACCAACAUGAGGCUUUUACAGAUGAUCAGUUCUGAGCUUCUGCUUGGUGGGGUUUCUUGUAAAGAGACUCCUGUUAUUGUUUGUGGUUGUGAUUUAUUUGUUAACAACUUAGUUUUAGACAUCGAAAUGUUACUAUUGAUAUAUUGUCCUGAUAAAUGAUCUGAUUCUGUUGAUUCUAUCUGUGUUAGCUGUUACUGUUAUGUUCAAUGUUAUUUGUUGGAUAUGUUGAUGUAGUAGUUUUUUAUUUUUAUGAUCUAUCUGUUAAGUCGUUCUCAGUCGUACUUCAAAAUGUUCCUCGACUUAACACUGUUUAUCAAGAAGAGAGAAGUUUUCUUAAGGUUUGCUUGAGUUUCAAGAUUUUAUUUUUAAAAAAGAUCCAAAAUAACACACAACAAAUUGAAUUGUCUACUGAAGAAUAUAACCAAUAAAAUAUUUUACUUGCACUUUUAAUGCAAAUAUACUUUAUAUUACAAUUUUAAAUUUAAUUAAUAGCAUUAUUUUUAGUAUGUGGGUUGUAUUAUUACCAUCCAACUGCAAUAGAAAUAUUUAUUAAAGUGAUAAGUUAAAGUUCUGUAAAGAACACUAAUCAAUCUUCAUGUUACAGAAAUUGUUUGAGUAUUAACAAAAUAAUAAUUUUAAUUCAAACGAUAACAAUUCAUGUUUUUACAAACUGAUAAAAGGUAACAUAUAUUUGAUGAGUUUGAAAUUCAAAAUGAGAUAAACAGUCACAAAUUUUGUAGCUAAAUAAGUACUAAUGUAAUUAACAACUUUAGUAACCUAAGUAAACUAAGUACAACAACUAAAUAGGAGAUUUUAGUACAAAUUAAAAAGUCUGUUACGUUUCUGUAAAAAUAUUUUAUGAUCCAUUAUAAUUCAACAAGUUACUUUCUCAAACAAAAAGAAGAAAUCCUGUGCAGCGAACUACAUUUGUUUGUCGACUUAGGUACUUAAUACACAAAUAAAUGUUUAAUACAAAAUAGUUUGGUAAUUUUUACCGCUUCAAUAUGCUGUUUUCUCAUGUAAAUGUCAUGUUCUACAAAUUAAAACUAUUUUAUCUUUCUUUUUUUGAAGAAUACACGAGUAUCACUAAUGUGUAAAGUUUUUUUAACAGAAAAAGCAAUGUAUGUUUCUUUCUUUGUACUAUAUAAAUCUAUUAUAAUCUAAUGUCCAUUCACUGUCUAAAAUUACAAAUUUUAAUAAAAACAAUAUCCCAAAUAUCUUAACAAAUAUUACAGUUUAUUACAGGAUUUUCAAACUACUAAAUCUGUUUUACCAUUAACAACACUUUUCUAAAUAAUAAUUUUGUACUUAUGAAAACAAUAUAAAUUGUAUGGAAAAGUUUUGUUGAUUUUUAUCUGAACACGUCGUCACCUGCCAGUGCCAUGAUCUGUAGGUUGUCACUUCGAACAGCUGUCACGAGGUGCUCUAACAUGGUUGUGUCUCAUAGAUUAGUCGUUGGAUCGUUCUAGAUUUUAUAUUUACUAUCAAUUAAUUACUGUACAUAAUUAUAUGUCUAGUUUGUGUUAUAUUUUAACGUUUAUGUUCCUCAGGCACAUGUUAAUCUUACUAACUAGCACCGUGUCAACAAAUGCAUUGACUUCAGACGUCGUCUGAUGUAUCAUAUUUUCACCCCCACCCCAUUGUUACAUCGAACCAUUGUUUGUAAUGUAUUGUCUACCAACGUCCAAGAUUCGUAGUUACUUUAUCUCAUUGUAAUAUGACUCAUGUUUGUGCUGAUAUGUAAAAAUAUGAGUUUUUAUUUAUUAUUAUUAUCAAUAAGUUGAAAAGCACAAAUAAAACAUUAUAAAAAUUGCUGAAAAGUAUCAAAACUAAAAUGUACUACCUGAAAUUAAUUUUUUUUUCCUUUUAAUAUUUAGCUAAGUAAAAUCAUGCUUAGUAUUCAUUCUUAAUCAACUGAAUUACUUUGAAUUUUCUUGUGUGUAAAGUAAACGGCUUAGUGAGUUAUUUGUUUAAUAGCAUCAAUCAUUAUUCAGGCCAAGCAAAAACGCUAAUGCGAUCUUUAAGUUAACGGCAAUGUGUUUAAGCUAAUUUUGCUGUAAGUACCACAUAAUUUCCUGCCAGAUUAGGAAAACGCUGAUGGUUUAAAAAUGUUUUCCGAGGUAAAAGUAAACUUAAUUCGUAUAUCUACAUAUCUGGCCUAUAUAUUUUGUGUAGACAAUAGACAAUAUUUGUAUGUGUAUAAGCUUGUAUAUAAAUGUUGUAUACAGUAAGCUAAAACAUAGUGGGAACUGUCCAUUUACCUUACUUUUUGUAUGUUUAUUGUCAUGUAUGUUAUAUAUAUGAAUAUAAUAAAAUAAUAAAUUUAACUA